AUGCCCAAAAUACAUCCACGAAAAAUUGAAAACCUAGCAUGGCCAAAUAAAUACAUUGGUCUGCACUUAGAGCCAAGCACCAUACCAAAAAUUAGGGACGAUCUGCUUAUCCGGCACCUGGUGGUCAGCGUCCUUCCUGCAGCGGUCUACACCUUAUUAUAUACCACAGGAGUAGGAACGGCGGCCAUGUCCAUGUCAGCUUGCUCUCUGUGCCUGCAGGCCCUUUCAUCUCCAGACUGUGAUUUCAGUAAAAAAUAUUUCAGAAGGAGAACCUCUCUUCAGUAUGUUUAUCCUUCGGUGUUCCUCUCGACUCUUUGUCUUAGACGUUAUCGCACGAUCCUUUGUCCCUUUCGUUAUUUUCGUUAUAUCGAGCCACCAUACGCAGAUUCAACGUUCAAAGUAGACCUCGAGUAUUUGACUUCAUUUCGCAACCUGGACAUCACCCUCUUCACAGGCUCUUCCGUAGCGGCCGCGUCGUUGGUGGUGAGCGGCCUCCUGCCCUCGACGGAGCACUACCUCACCUACGAGGGCUCCCUCACCGAACCCGCCUGCCACGAGACCGUCACCUGGAUCAUCCCCAACAAGCCCCUCUAUAUCAACGUCGCCAUGCGAUAUUGUCGGGAUUGA